AUCCACUGCGUAUUUGUUUUUACCUAUAAGAAAUUCUACUCAACUCCCCAUGGAUGUUUGAUGUAGGAAUAUUAAACUUAUGAUGUGUAUGUCAUACAUACCUUAUGGAAAAACAUAACGCUCCACUAACUGAUAACUCAGGUGAGCUUUGCAUUAGCUAUUGAUGAACUUUGGAGUGUAAUGUGUUGAGCUUGGCGUCAUCUCACCGAAGCAUGUCGUCUCACCCUAAGUUUCUUUUCCAAUCAGACUGUGAUUCAAGAGGUAAACUGCUUGAAGGUGAGGUCACAACAAGAAGUACAUUGGGCACAAAGACAAAGUCACAGAUAUUAAAAGAAUUGUCUAUUCAACUAGGUCGUCCUUGUCGUUUAGAUGAGCUGUUACAACAUAUGUGCACAAAUCCAAAAACUGGACAACCAUAUCCAACUCGACAUACUCGAAUUUUGGAAAAGUAUUGUGAAGUUAUGGUUACUAAGUUUGAUGAAGAUCGUGAAAAGUGGCCAGUGUUUGAUAAAGAUGCUUGGGUUCAAGCAUCUGGUGGGGUUCAAAAGGGAGAUCAAUGGACUGGUGUCCCUUUGGAGUUUUCUAAUCCUGAUGCAUUUACUUCAGCGGCUAUGACAUCACAGGUAAAUAUGAUUGUUUACGCAUAUUAGGUGUUAUGUUUUGUAAAAUGAAAUUUUUAUGAUGCCUUUUAUUUUAUUGGAAAAAACCAAAAUGGCUCAACGAGAAGAAAGAAAACGUCAUCGCGAGGUUGAAGAAGAAAUGGAUGAUUUAAGAAACAAAAUGAGGUCAUUCAAUGCAUCAAUGUCAAAUGUUUAUCGAGGACUAAUAAAAAGAGGAAUAAUUC